GCUCGUCGCCCGCGGCUGCCUGGGGAGCCUGCGCCGCGCCCUCGGUGGGCGCUGGACCCCUACCGCGCACAUCCCGCGCGCCCUGGCGCCCUCAGAGCCCAGCGAAGGUGCGGCCUCCUUGGGGGAGCCCCACGAUGUCAGCAGGCCUGGAGCGACGUUCGCGUGGGGGCGGAGAAGGUGCCGAGGACGUUGCGCCGCCGCCCGUGCGCCCCGCGGCCCCCAACCCUGGCCCCGCGCCCGGCUCGCGCGCCCCCUCGCCCACCGCCGGGCCGCCGCCGAGCCUAUGGCUGGAACUGGGCGCCCCCUGCGCGCGGGCGCAGCAGUGCCCCAGCGAGUCGAGCGGGCGGGCGAGCGGCGAGCUCGGCACUAGCAGCAGCGGCGGCAGCGGCAGCAGCAGCGCGGGGCUGUCCCCGGGCUCCGACUCCGACAGUAGCGGCGUGGCGUGCGGUGGCCGCGGCAGCAUGCGCGGCGCCCUGUCCCGCGCCUGGAGCCUGGAGAGCCUGCGCUCUGCCUCCGCCGCAAUGCCCGAUGCAACCCUGGACACAGCUCUCCGAGUGGAAGAGAUGGGAAGCAAGGAGGACCUGUAUGAGGACCUGCACGGCUCUGGCCACCACUACAGCCACCCUGGAGGGGGUGGAGAGCAGCUGGCCAUCAAUGAGCUGAUCAGCGAUGGCAGUGUGGUCUGUGCUGAAGCACUCUGGGACCAUGUCACCAUGGAUGACCAGGAACUGGGCUUCCAAGCUGGAGAUGUCAUCGAAGUGAUGGAUGCCACCAACAGAGAGUGGUGGUGGGGCCGUGUUGCUGACCACGAGGGGUGGUUUCCAGCCAGCUUCGUGAGGCUGCGUGUGAACCAGGACGAGCCAGCUGAGGAUGACAACUUUGAGGCCCCCUUGGCUCGGCAAGGCGAGGCAGAGGGUUGUGGGCUAGAAGCACCAAGCAGCAAGGACCAGAUGCGGACCAACGUCAUCAAUGAGAUCCUUAGCACAGAGCGUGACUACAUCAAGCACCUGCGAGACAUCUGCGAGGGCUACCUCAGGCAGUGCCGCCGGCGCUCCGACAUGUUCAGCGAGGAGCAGCUGCGAACCAUCUUCGGCAACAUCGAAGACAUUUAUCGGCGCCAGAAGGUGUUUGCCAGGGCCCUGGAGCGCAGCUUCAACAGUGAGCACCCACACCUCAGCGAGCUUGGCGCCUGCUUCCUGGAGCACCAAGCAGACUUCCAGAUCUACUCUGAAUACUGCAACAACCACCCCAAUGCCUGUGUGGAGCUUUCUCGGCUCACCAAGCUCAGCAAGUACAUGUACUUCUUUGAGGCCUGCCGGCUACUGCAGAAGAUGAUUGACAUCUCCUUGGAUGGCUUCCUGCUAACACCUGUGCAGAAGAUCUGCAAGUACCCCCUGCAACUGGCAGAGCUUCUCAAGUACACCCCACCCCAGCACAGGGACUUCAGGGAUGUCGAGGCUGCUUUGCGUGCCAUGAAAAACGUGGCCCAGCUCAUUAACGAGCGGAAACGGAGACUGGAAAACAUCACCAAAAUUGCUCAGUGGCAGAGUUCUAUAGAGGACUGGGAGGGGGAAGAUCUCUUAGUUAGGAGCUCAGAACUCAUCUACUCCGGAGAGCUGACUCGCGUUACACAGCCUCAAGCCAAGAGCCAGCAGAGAAUGUUUUUUCUGUUUGAUCAUCAGCUCAUCUACUGUAAGAAGGACAGCGUCUGGCAGGAUCUACUUCGCCGAGAUGUGCUGUACUACAAGGGCAGGCUGGAUAUGGACAGCUUAGCAGUGGUAGACCUCGAGGACGGCAAGGACCGUGACCUCCACUUGAACAUCAAGAAUGCCUUCCGGCUGCACUGUGGCAUCUCAGGGGACAGCCACCUACUCUGUGCUAGGAAGCCUGAGCAGAAGCAGCACUGGCUCAAGGCCUUCGCCAGGGAGAGGGAGCAGGUGCGCCUGGAUCAGGAGACAGGUUUCUCUAUCACAGAGCUGCAGCGGAAACAGGCCAUGCUGAGUGCCAGCAAACAGCAGGCCACAGGGAAGCCCAAAGCUGUUGGCAGGCCCUGCUACCUGACGCGCCAGAAGCACCCAAAACUGCCCAUAAGCUGGCCCCAACAGCAGGUCCUGGUACUGACAGAGCCCCAGCGGAAACCAUCCACCUUCUGGCACAGCAUCAGCAGGCUGGCACCCUUCCGUAAAUGAGCCGGCACCCACCCGACAGCACUUUGUGGCCCUGUCUACCUACAGCUCCCAGCUUUGCCUCGUGAGGCCUUCUCCACCUGGCCCUUCUCUGUUUUGCAAACUGCAAGUGAUCAGGGCUGAGCAAAGGAGUUGCUUGGGGCUCCAAGGCAGUGCCAGGUCUGUGCCCCCUCCUGGGUUUCAUCCUUGCUGCUGGCAGAGUGACAAGGCAGUGGAGAGACUAUCUGGCAGGGGGAAGCAGGGCUCCACACAUAUGAGCAGCACUUCUUCAGCCUGCCUGCCACCAUCCUCAUCCGCUUACACUCAAGAGGGUGCUGGCCACUCAGGACUCCUGGGAAAUCUACACAGCCCUAAGCUUGUCUCUGGGCAGGACAGGCCUACCUAUGGCCACCAGGCUCCUGCAAAGCUGGACCAUGCCCCCUACCCUCUAGCUCAUUCAGGCCCCUUGCAACCUUAGUGGGCAUACCAGUUCUGCACCCCAAAUGUCUGGCCCAGAGCUGCCCUUCUGCCUCCCAACCCCUCUACAGGCUGCUGACGACCUCUUCACUUGUGAUGUGGAUAAGCAUCAGCCACACAGGAACGUCUGUUCUGUGACAUCUGCAGCUGUGAGGCAGCUGCAGAAUCACUUGGUUUCUGUGUUGGAUUUUGUUGCAUUUUCUAAAACCGGAGUAGGCAUGAAAAGCCAUAAAGACUGAAUUCUACGGCCCAGAAUCCAGAACUGAUCCAUCCAGCCCUGGUGGUGGGGUGCAGCAAGGCACCUGUAUCCUGUAGAGAUAUAAGGGCACAGCCUGAGCCUUGGCGUGGAGCCCACAAGACUCAGCAGCAUGGAUGGUCACUCUUGUACUAUCCCUUCUCCAGGCCAGAAACCACACUGAUUUCAUAAAGAAACUGGUGAAAAGUAA